AUGUGGAGGCAGGAACACGCCAGCACACCUGCCUCAAGCCCGAGCGUCACGUCGUCGUCUACGCCUGCGUCUCCAACUGCAGCGGUGCCAAACGCCAUUCUACCAGAGGAUACACAACCGAAAAACACGAAAGCAUCAAGUGUUACCGGCGCACUCUCGAAUGACGACGUCAAUGCGUCACCUUCGGCAAAUAGCCUUCCCUUUUCUGUGGUCUACAGCCGGCAGGAUCAGAGCUACAGUUCUACGAUCUCGGCGACACAGGCGAUUCCACGGAACUUGGUUCUAACAACCCCUGUGGCAACAACGCAAGAACUUAGCACAAUAUCUCCGGCACUGGAAAUAGUGAAGAACCAUGCUGUGGCUGACACAUCGCAAAGUAUAAGCACCGUGCAACCGUUCUCCAGCUCGCAACUGCCCCGUGAAAACGGUAACGUCAAGUCACGGGCAUUCGAUAUAAUUUCAUCGGGCUUAGCUGACAUUGUGAGCAAAAUUCCUAGCACGGAUACACUGCCAGCUCCAAGAGCGGCGAGCCACGUGCCUGGCUCGGUAUCCUCGUUUCCCGAAAAGGAACGCAUGAACGUAGCAAGUUCCAUCUCAACGCGGCUAGCGAAGGCAACGGACAGUCACGAGCUCCAGCACGAUCCCCCGCGUCACGUGAUCUCCGUAGAGGAACACUCGGACAACGCCGCAAUGAACUCCGGUUCUAGCAAGCCUCCCGCAACUCGGUGCUACUGCGAAACGGUAACGGAGGACCUCGGUUCCGACGCAGCGUCAUCGCUCAGUGAAAGCACGCCGCCUGGACACGUGGCGGAGAGUGUGGAGCCGGAAGUCAACCGAUCGACCCCUGCUUCAGACGACGUUACGGCAUCGCUCAGUAAAAUCACGCCGCUUGAACACGCGGCGGACAGCGUUGAGCCGGAAGUCAACAGUUCGACCCCUGCCUCAGACGACUCUGGGAAGGUGACCUGGUCGACCGUUGUGACCAACCAAGACACAUUCACAAUGACGUUUCCACUGCGAGAGACAAGUGCCAGUGGUUUCACCUACGCGAAGCCAUAUGGCUUUGAUAUUACGACAAAGAAGUCAUACAGCGGAGAUCAAGUGAUGUGCAACAGCUCGUUCUGCCUAAACGAAGCGGAUCAUCUGUCUGCGAUCUUCCAUCGGAACCUAGACCCCUGCGAAGACUUCUACGCGUUCGCCUGCCAGGGCUGGCUGGUAACAUCAAGUGACCAGGAAAAGUAUGAGGACGUGGACGACGCACUCUCUGGAACCAUCGAGGAACUUGCAAAGGGUCUUCUCGAAGCCUCAGCAAGCGGAGAUGACUUGCGUGAAACGCUGGCAUUGUUCGGACUGGAUAUCACCAAGGUUGAUGCCCCGUCGGCUGAAGACGUGUUGGUGGCAGCAUCGAACCUCGACGAAGCCGACGUGCUGCUUGGUCGCGAUGAAGCCUCGGAAAGCGAGAACGUAAACAAGCUCACGAGUCUCGCUUGCAAGUUCAUUGAAACUUUGAGUGCGGUCGCCGGAGAGGGCAGCAAUAGCACGGAUGCGUGCGCUUACGUGGCCCAUGUGGCAGUCGAGAUGGCCAAGAUGAUAUCCAGAGUUGCAAAGUCCAAAGGCAAAUGGCGAAAUGACACAAUGCUGGCUGUGAAGAAUCCAGCACAGAUUGACGUAGUGAAGUCUCUUCUCUCAUCGAAAGCAGAAUCACUGUUCCACUACUUGGGCCUGCACGUGACAGUCUACGUGUCCCCGUUUCUGGAAGAUGGACAGUCCUUCAUGGAAGCGAGCUAUUUCCUUCUGUCGGGUCGCACUCGAUCCCCGCCAAAGUGGAGACUCUGCGUGCGCCUAGUGGACCGGAUCCUGCCCAGCUUGCUCAUCGUCUCCUUCGAGCAGUACAUGAACAGGUCGGAUACCUUCUCGGAACUCAUGCUGCUCCAGAUGCUGGGAUUGCAGGAGUUGGUGUAA